AUGAAGUUGACGUUUUCUUUUCUGGUUUGCAGGCUUGCUGGACUUGCCUUUAUGUUUUCUGCUAGUAUCCUAUUGCAGAUCCUGGUAGGUGCUCUCUCUAAAAUAGUUCAUCAUAUGUGCGUAUUGCAAGAGUGAGCUAUGCAGUGGUAUAACUAGGAUUUACUCUAAGAAAAGGACAUUCAUGUAUUGAGAAUCCUUUGGUCGCAAUUUUUUUUUAAGUCUAGUCGUGAUUAAAUCCUCUGCUCAUCAUAUGCUUUGUUAGAAGAUAGCUAGCUAUUCUUAGAAAUGAGCAUAUACCCAUCACUGGGCAUGCAUUGCACGAAUGGUAUUAUCUAAAAUGAAAGUUUCUAUGGUGUUCUAGGCAGUCACUUUCUCUUCCAUUCUCCUUUUAACAUAAUCUUGCAUUUGCUUUGGAUGAACAGAAGGCUUGGAGUGAUUAUGUUUUUGGUUUGGGAUAUCGGGAAGACUUUUAUCUCUAUGACUAAAGCCCCCUUGUACUCCAAUCUUGAUUGAUAUUUCCACUCUGCCAAAAUGCAUCUGAAGCAAAUUCAAAGAAUCUCGUGGUAUCGACUUACACCACCAUUGCAAAGACAGCCCAAGACUCACAGCAUUCUGAGUACUAUAUUCCUAAUUUUCAAAAACGUUGAUAAUCAUGUACUUGAUUGUCCAUGACGAUUUAUUAAUGAUAAAUCGUGCAGGCCUUAGUACAUAAUCCUUAUUCAGAUAAUCAAAAAGAGGAAAUUCAGAUAAAUCCUCUGACUUUUCUGAAUCUUAUUUUCGUAUAUCUGAUCUUCAUUGAUGGCUGGACCGCACUUUAUUUCCCACAUAACUUUUUUGUACAUUGAAAUAUCACGUCAGUUAACGUCGUAGAUUAAGGUGGAGCAUGUGGAAUUAAGCUGUGGAAUUAUAGGUUCUCAGCUUGUUCUCGGCAACACUACAAGAUUUAUCCUUGAUUAUAUACUCAACAAAAUCGAUCCCUUAUCGUCGAGGCCUUAAUGGACCUCAUCUGCUUCCAUGUUUUUCCCAUUUCGGCGCUAUGAGCAUCAACCAGAUAUACUGACACAUAGCCUGAUGCUUCAUUUUUAAUUUCGGCAGGCCUGUGCUCUGUACAACAACUGGUGGCCGCUGCUUUCAGGUUAGUAGUGGCAGUGAAAGUCUAUUUCACAUCAGCUUAUGCCUAUUUGGUAAGGAAAUUUCUCAUCUGAGAUAUGUCGUCUCCCGCAGGUCUAAUGUACGUGCUCGUGCCGAUGCCAUGCUUAUUUUUUGGUGGGGGAUCUACUUAUUUCUUGACGAGCAGCGAAGGGGGAGGGUGAGUCCUACUUUACUUAGAAUCAUCCCGCAUUGAUUAUUAUAGAAAUAAACCUGUGAUUACGAAACAUCAACUUGAACCAUCGUCGCAUCUUAAAUAUGUGACCUACAUAUGUCAGACAGAGCACCGUAUUCUGUUCCUUUACUUCAGAAUAGGCUGUCAUGUCAUGAAAUCGCUAGAACAGUCUCACGUGGGAAAUUAAAACAUGGAUGAAAUCUUUGGGGUGGUAAUCCCAGCGAUGGGGGCUUUUACAUGUUCUUGAUUGCUCUUGCCGACCCGCUAGAGGCUUAGAACCCAUUGCUUUACUUUGAGAUUUCUCUGCGCUUUGGACCAUGAAAAAUCUCAUGUUUGGAACUGCCAUAGUAGAAUCUCAUGGGAAAAGAAACAUGGAUUUAGAAUAUUUCAUGUCCAAUGAUAAAUAAUGGCUGACCGCCUGCUUGUGACCUUGUAGAGCUUAAGAAACCAUUUAUUUAUUCGGAGAUUAGGCUGUGCCUAUGACCAUUCUAAAUCUGGUCCUGCCAUGUAGAGUUCCAUAGUCAACUCCUUUACCUCAGAUUAGGCUGCGCCUGCACCCACGGAUAUGUUCUUCGUUGAAUUGUUGGACCGGUCUCUCAUUGGAGAAGAAAAAAAUAGAUAAAAUCCUUUUCUUUUUGAUAAAAAAUAGAUAAUUUCAGUACUCGAAACAUUAGAUCUUCUUAUGUGGGUACAUGGGCAUACUCUGUUCAUCGCUGUUGGGCGUUGACUUGCCCAACCACCCAACACUUGAGCACGAGUAAGAUGAGCUUUUCUCCGUCCUUGUGUACUUGUCAGGUGGAUCAGUGCGGCCAAGUUCCUGACAGGUGCUUCAGCUGUCGGCAGCAUCGCCAUUCCAGCAAUCCUGCGGCAUGCAGAGCUCAUCGAGACUGGGGCAAUGUGGAUCGAGUUUGUGUCCUUCUUCAUCCUUGCCUGUACGCUACUAUGUUUCCAUCAUGUGAGCCUUGAAGAGGAAUGGUGA